AAAGCAAAACGGCUCAUUUUAUCAACAAAUUCUUCUCUAGCUCGAACUGAAAAUACCAAAAGACUGAACUAUCCUUGUUUAAUAUCAUUUAUUACGCCAUUUUCUUUGUUCCUGAUAUUGAUGACUAUAAUAUGGAGGAGAAGUAUAACGUGGUUAUCGAGGGAAGCUGAAGCUGAAGCUGUAUUUUGGUUUUGUGAGAUUUUGUGGUGCUUUUGAUGGGAUUAAAAAUGUCUGGUGGGACACCAGUUGCUGGUGGAUAUAUGAGGCAAAGGCAUAGUCAAGGAUAUGGAUCAGGCAAUGAGGACCUUGAAGAUGAUGCAUGUUCUAGGUUACAGCCUCUGUCACCGGAAACUCUGAGAAAUAGAACUUGGACUGAGAUUCUGGAGAAUGUGCUCUGGAUUGCUUCAGCAAUCUUCAUAAUCUACUUUGGUGAAAGACACUCCAAUUUGAUAUAUCUGUUGUGGCACGAUGAGCGAAUCAGAAGAAUGCCUUUGUACCUUGGCUUAAUUGGAAUUGGAUUGGAUGUUGCCCUCUUCUUUUAUACAAGUAUGUUAUUGUGGAGUGUAAGAAGGUUCGACGAAAAGUGGGAAUUCUUAUGCAUCAUUGCUUUGCCAUUUCUUACCUUGCUCGGACUUGUCUCGUUUUGCUUGCAAGGAAAACGGCUUUGCUUUGCGUUGUGGCCUAUUUGGGGUUUCUUGACCCUUCCUCUUAUGUCCACACUCGUUAUGGCUGGCCUAGUUCUAUACCCUCAUAUCAUGAUCGAGACAUUGAGGCCACAAAACGAUUCUUUCCGUGUAGACUAAGCAUUCCGGUACAAAAACACAGUACUGACAUACAUGAAGAUAGAAUCUAAACAGAUAGUUGGAAGCAUCAGGCAUUGGCUGGGAAGUGUUUAUUUUUUUAGGAUUCUGCCUUAGCUUCUCUUGACAGUUUCUCCCCGUUGGUGUGCCGAUGAACGAUGUUGCAUACGUGUAUAUAAAUAUGUACAUGUAUUGAAAAAACAGU